AUCCACUUAAACCAACGCACUUUCUUAACAGACAAGAGCAAAGCACAUUAAGAUGAGCAGAGCAACACGCGCUGAACAACUUCUGGACAAACGGCUUGGGCUUCACCGUCAUGUCAUUGUGUGUAGGGCUGGGAACUGCUUGUGUGACGCUUAGGCGUGACACAAACGCAGCCUGCGUGACACCGUCACCCAACUGCACACCAACGCAGCGCGGAAUGAGAAAACCAGGACUUGCUCAAGACGUAUAAGCCUUAUUGCACCACCCUAAGCACUUUCAAAUGCCGACAACGCAAGGGACGCCCAUUUCGACAUAGCCACGCCAACUCCUCCACUUCAUUUGCCUACCUGGGGCGAGCUUGCCACACCGUAGCUGUAAGGUUUUCUGUCUGCAGCAUCAGCGCCUUUCCUGCAAGGCGCAUUGUAGGUGAUGAAGUCUUGCGGUUGGGUGGGGCCCGUCACCCUAACGCCUACGGCCACAAAUUUCCUUGUAUAACAUUACAUACCUAAAACCUGUACAGCGCUUGGAGCUGUCUACUAAAUGCGCGCUAGUUUGCAUAUCAACGCCCCUAGGCAACCCUUGCAUCUUCGGUCCCUAUGGGAAUACCGGUGUCACCUUAGCUGGCCAAAGCGACAAAGCCUAAACUAUUAUUCACAAAAUUGCUGCAAAGCGACUUUACGCGCCGGUAAAGUGCGGCAAGCCUGCUCGAGCUGGCGAGCCAAGGCACAUGUCAUCGAUCGCGGUUCACAGACUGCCGCGCUUGCGCUAGCGAGUAACCUUUUAAACGCUAACUUAAUAGCAUCAAGCAGCUGCACAGCGGCUUUGGCGGUUGGUUCCCCUCUGCUGCUGCUGCUGCUUGUGUGGCCCGGCAGCGCGGAGGCCAUGUCGCUGUCGGGUGUUGCUGACGCCGCGGUGGGCGCAGUGGCCUCCUCCGGCUGGUUGGGCCCACUGGUGUUCGUGCUGCUGUACGUGGCAGCCACAGUGCUGCUCUUCCCCGCGUCCGUGCUGACGCUAGCGGCGGGGGCCCUGUUCGGGCCGCUUGCGGGCACGGCCCUGGUGUCCCUGGCUUCCACCCUGGGGGCCACAUGCGCCUUCCUGGUGUCACGCUACCUGGCGCGGCCCUGGGUGGAGCGCAAGG